UAGCCUUAGCCUUUUUAACAUCUGCAUAGUGCAUUAUAAUGUUGAAGUAUUCUCCCACUCAGUUCUUAUUAAUUGUUUUGUCUGAACUCUGCCAUUAAGUUAUGUUCAAAAUACAUAAGCAGAUGAAUUCCAAAUGGAGAAGCUACAUUCCUCAUUACAUAACAUAAUUCUUACGAGGUUUCUCUUUGCAAUUGCAGCGCCUUGUUAGACAGAGCAGCGCCUCAAUUUGCAUCAUAUUUUACAUACACAAAGAGGCAAAUGCAAUAAAGAUAAGAACGCCUCAGAGUUUAUGAUGCCUUCUGGCACAUAUUGUCUGCACAAGGAGGAUGUGGCUGCUGCUGAUGUCAAUGCUUGUCUCUGCCCUGUCUCCCUGCGGGGACGGGGACACGGUCGUGGGUCACCACGGCUUGAGCUUGUGCGGAAAACUGCUGCACAGUGGACAGGUGACUUCCAGAGGACCAGGGACACUCCUGACCCAAACGAACCAUUGCUGCAUGCGUAUCAACAGAGGCCGUGUGUGUGCUGCUGUGCAGCACAAACAAAGAGCCCUUUACUUGCCAUACGCAGUGCAUGAUGACCACAGACACAAUUUGUUUCAUCAGGAUGUGACAGAGAGGAGUCAUAUUCCAGCACUGUUUUGCUGCUCUCUGCCGUCUGCAUGAAUUAUCAACACCAGGUGCGACUGCUACAGUUUGCAAGUGUCUUCCACAUCAGACAAGCACGAAACUGGUUCUUUCUCCUCAUCUUGAAGAAGGAAAAAGUGUUCCAGUAUUUCUCAAGUUGGAUACUCCCCCAGCAAUGCACGUUACUAGCAGAGGCACACAGACUAAGACCGGUGGUGAAAUCAGCUAUAUUUCCAUGGAUAUAAUUAAAGAUCACCCUCAUUCAGGUUCAGCAUGUCCUUUGUCUCAUUGCCCAGCUGCCUCAAGACACAGUUUCCCGGCUUUCUCAUUGGAGAAACCCAAGAGCUGGGCAACCAACACUGUUGUUAAACUGCAGAAAAUGCUAACGAAGAGAUACUGUGCUGCCACAACUGUGGUUAUUCCCUGCUAUAUUAAAGAUGGGCAAUUAAGAUCGGCAAUUAACAUUAAAAAAAUGUCCAUAGAACGGAUCCCAGAACCACAGAUAAGACAAAAAGAGUUCACAAAGCAGGGGAUGAGCUUGAAAGUUCUCAGGCAGUUUGACAGACGACAGUCUUCAAAAGCUUUGGUUAGUCAAGAUACCAUUUUCCAAACGGCUUCUCGGCACUCUGGCAGCUCUUCACUGAAAACCUCAGAGGCAUCACAAUUAGAGAUACAGAGAAGUGCAGCCUGUAUUAUGAAGAAAAACAGACAUCUCAACUUGGAGAAAAGUCUUCUGAAACAACUUUCUUUAAAAGCUGCGUCUAGUGCGGAUGAUGAUGAUGAUGAUGAUGAUGAUGAUGGUGGAUUUGUGGAUUGGUCUGUCUCCAGUGAGAAUAAAAAAUCCAUAAAUAGACCGCAGUAUAAGUUAAGGGCCACUCAGGAGGAUAAUAGCGGAGAUUUCAGCGGGGGUAUAAUCACAAGACAAGCAGAGCUUUGGCGCUCAGAUGGAGAAAGCCAAACUGGACAAACACAUAGAAAUUCUAUUGGAAGUGGAAACUGGAAAACAUUAGCAUUCAUCCCACAAACAGACGCCACGCAUACAACAGAUAAUAAUGAUGUCGAUCACAAACAUGUGCUCACUGAGGUGGGAGAACAAGCCUUGAUCAUGUUGCUCCUCCCAGACACAGAGAUGGAGACGCAAACAGAACCACUAUCGGAAACAAAACUUAUUCUGAAAACAGACACUCGAUGGGAAACUGUAAAUAUUCACAAAAAGGAGCCGGCCGACCCCCAACCCAUGACCAAAGUUAUGAAGGAGAACGUCAUUACUGAAGACGAUAACUCAAAGUGUAAAUGCUUGAAAGAAGCCCCAUUUCCAUUAGGCAUUCAUGCAAUACAAAGGAGGGAGGGAAUAGAUAUGAAACCAGCAGAAAGUAUAGCAAGUGUAACCAAAGCGUCUGCAUCUGCUAAGAAACAGGUCAAAGAAAGGACAGAGGAAGUAGAACACGCAGAGACUGAUAACACAACUCAUGAAAAUAUGAGCAGAAAUCAUUGGAAACAAGAGCAGGAUGUAGCACCAGGAGAAUCAGUCGCACCCUCACGCAAAAUGAUGGAAACAGAAAAGACAGUAAGAGAGCACACAGCACAGACAACUGCACUAAACAUGGCGAUAAAACAGACGACAUCGAGUUUCCAAGUCUUUAAACAAGGCAGCCCACAGAAAACCAACAGACUGCCAAGUAGAGAGGAGACCCCGACGAACACACUGAGGCCGGAGCCUGAGACAGACGGUGCGCCCAGGUUUAUAACAUGUAGAACCAGUAACACUGAAUCUACGACUGGAGAGUCAUUCUCAGGCCUCAGGAUGAGAGAGGACGUCCCGGCAGCUCGUGGAGGCCCCGAGGAUGAAGAGGGAGAUGCGGUGAACAGGCCAGAAACUGGGAGAGAGGAAGACAAAACUGACCCAGGAGGAGGGACCUCAUUUACAUUUACAAAAACUUUAGAAACAAUCCACAAACACCUGACAAACAAUCUUCCAAAAUUGACAGGCGACACGGUGCCACUCUGCAGAGGUUUAAUACAUCGCACCGAGGCUGGGUGGAAACACUGCACGGAGAGGUUUGCAGGAACGGGAUCCAAGAUGAUUUCCUCAAGGGAAUCCAUGGAUGCAUUUGAGAGAGUAGUAGAGCUGGAGAGAGAGCAUGCAUCUGUCAGGGACCAUGGUGACAGCCAGCCCGAUGAUGAUGAUGAUGAUGGACAUAAUCAUUUCUAUUAUUUUGAUGGAGUAUUGAAAAGAGUUAAAAAUAGUUUUCACUUCAAGAGUCGAAGAAGACGAAAAAGGAGCCACGACAAGAUUAUUUCCUCGCUGAGAAAAAAGAGAGACUCCAGUGAAAAUCUUCUCAGUUAUAUCCAACGUCUUACUUUGAGGAAUCAGGUCAGUCACUUCAAAUGGUCAGGCACCGACAGUCACGUGCAGAGAGGCGCGCACGAAACCCUGGAAAUUAAAUCAGAUUCACAGAGCGAGUUAAGCACUUGAACCAGGCAAAAAUCAACGAUGCAUAAUACAGAAUCACAGAUGAUCAUUAACAGUGUUGAUGGAGAAUAAAGGUGAUUUUGAAUGUCAUCUCCAGGUGGAAAGCAGUAGAGCACAUACUGCACCUCCACCAUGGCCAAAGAAUCAUGUAUAUCUUAUAAGAAAGAAAAAUCACCAGUGUUCAUAAAUUAUUACAGUGGUGUUAUAAUUAGUGGAGCUAAUAAUUGUUCAUCAACCACAGCUCCACCUACUGGUCAGUGAAUGAAAUACGUCAGCCAUGUCAGUGGCAUCAACUCCACACUUCACAAAAAAUAAAGGACAAAUGCACAACAGAUGAAUAAGUGGGUGAACAAGCAGAUAACAUACAAAUCCCCUCAUGCUUCUUCAUGUGCACUGUUCUAUGACUAUACUGACAAAAUAGAGAACAUAAGGAUAACUAGAAAUGCACUCAAUAGAGCGCAUAUACCUCCGCCAUGGCUCUAAAGUCUCAUGGGGAAACCAUUUAAAACCACUACUUCUGGAUUUUUAUUUGGAUCUGCGCCAAAUUGCUCAAACUCAUAGAUAUCAGUCGCCUGAAUAUGCAUUUUUCAUCCGGAUUCAUGCUUUAUUCACUGGGAAAUCUGUGAAAAUGACAAAAGAAUUGUUUCCUCUUUAACGUUCUUCAACAUCUCACGAUUUUAAGGAAAUUAAAAAACACCAACAACUUUAAUUCGACCCCUUGUCCAGAUCCUCCCCCAAAAAACACAAGGAGUUCUUUCUUGGCCAAUGUCCCAUUUAGUCUGUUGAGUAGUUUUUGAGUAAAAAUGCUGUAAUGUCCUUGGUGGAGGUGAUAAAUUGAAUGUUUUUGUUUUGAGAAUUUAUACUGUACAAAUUAAACAAAGCAACAAACACA